AUGGCUGAGCGGCGGAAAGCCGACCCAAAAAUAAAGAUCCUGUUUGGAACUGUUUUUGUAAAAUCGAUACUCGUCGUUGUGAUUUUCAAAAGGAUAUUCACGAAGCAACCCAUCAUGAAGACAUUCAAGUUGGUCAUACCCGCAGAUGAAGAUUUACCCCAGAGGCUCCGCAUCUCUUUGUCGGGGCAUAGUGGCACCGAGAUCGACAUUCAUUUCUCGACAGCGAUCAACAAUAAGGUCAUCGAAGUCGAAUUAGAUGCUGACACACCAACUACUCUAAACGGAACAGAUGACAAAACUUCUGAGCUCCUGUCGCAAAUCGACAUCGAGUCCUCGGGUGGUUUCAUUCCCCCAGAUAUCGCAAAACAGCUGGAUGAAGAAGAAGAUGAAGUUGUUUGGGCAUCGCAAUGCCAGGAGGAAGAAGAAGAACCGGUAAACUCCGUAAUUCCGGGACUCUAUUCACCCGCGGAACAAGCAUCGCGGAAGCGUUCGAUCGAGUCGUCGUUCGAGGACGAGUGCUUCGUGCCCGCAACUCAACAACAUAAGCUCGAGGACGGAAGUUCCGAAGACGACGUAAUCGCAGUCAUCUUGAGCAGUGACGAGGAAGAGGAGGAAGCUGACGCAAACAUCGCUCCUGUUGGACGAAUUCAGGAGGAACGGCACCCUCCUGCCCGGGAGAACUUGAUCAGUACUCCGAUCAAGAACACGGUACCUGUCGUUGUUGAAAUUGACAAUGAUCCGGAUGGAGACGCUGGGGCGAAAGCUGCCGCAGAUUCGGAUGACUCGUUCACCGGCGAACCCAUGAUGCCGGAUAGUCAGCCAGUUGAGCCCAUCUUGAAGAAGAAGUUCGUCAAGAAGAAGAACGUGGUUGUUCUGAGCUCCGAUGACGAGGAAGAGGACGCCGAAAAUCCAGGAGUGCAGAAGGGUUUGCCCGACUUCGAAACCGAGCCAUUGAUCGGUGAUGUCGAGCCGAAGCGUGUCAGCUCCCUCGCAGGAGACGAGGAAGUGAUUCCCGAAACCGACGGAGUGGACCGGCCAAGCGACAUCGCGUCGGAACCACUGGAAAAAUCCGGGACCGAGGAGCAUUCGUCGGGAAAGUCCGUCUCGAAUCGCAUCAACCGGAGCUCUGGAUGGGAAAGCUUCGACGAGGAUAUUGAAAUACUAACAGGGGUUCAGAUGGUCGAGGAUACGGAAAAUCAAGCGGUUCCCCGACCUGUGGCUUCCGGAAACUCCGAUAUCCACUCAGAAGAAAGGACAGAGAUUCCUGAAACCGAGGAGCAACAGAAAUUCAAAGCGCCAUACCCCGUGGAAGAUCAAUCAAUGUCCGCUCAGGAUGCAAGAACCCAGGAGUCACUGAAACUCACUCUGCUGAGCGAGUCCGAACGAGCCGAAACCGCACCGGGGGUCCAGGUCCAUGAGGACUCCAUUGAGGCGUCAAGUCGCCAGGUGCCUACGGGAACUCCGAACGGAGCCUCGAGCGAACGACCUUCUCCAACGUCAAAGGACCGUAGAUACGAUGCACAUGACACGCACGAUUAUGUCUACUUGCGGACAUUGCAACAACAUGCGAGCGAUGCCGCUCGGAGAAGGAAAGUCGCUGAAUGGUUGGCGAGCUCUCCCGCCGGUCCCAACGAAGAGUAUGCGUCACUGCUCGAGGAUGCGAAUAUGGUCGAAGAGAUUCUCGACACAUCCACGAGACUGCCUCCGCCGGAAUCACCGAUCAUCAGCACCGCUAGCGAGACGGAUGAAAAAGAUAGCAACGGAAAGGUGGACAAGAAAAUCCCCGGGGUCGACACUCCGUCUCGGAAGAGGAGUUCCCCUCCUGAAGGUUUGAAAAGUUCAGAAAAGCGUCGCUGUGACGACUCGGCUUUCGACACGAAUGUGGAGCAGUCGCGGACGCCAAGCGGCGCAGGACAAUCCGCCCUCACCGGGAACCCGUGCGAUCCGAAAUCAAAAUCCAGCGGAAAGGCUGAAAAAUCGAAGGUAUUCGGAAGUCCCCAAGCAGAAGUUCUCGUGGCGGAAACAGUUCCAGAGGAAGAAGUUCUCGCUGAACGAGGGCUAGAAUCGAAAGAAAUCGAGGAAACGCCCGUGCAGGAGAACGCUCCCGAAUUCACAAAGCCGACCCUAGAAAUCAGGAGGCCAACCCGGUCGAGGAGCUCGAAGACCUCUUCGGUGGAUAUGAGUAAAGCUGAACUUCCUGACCCAUAUGCGAAGGAAACCAUAGAAGUGGAUCCACCGUCGAAGAGUCGAACGCGCAGGGCUGUCAAGAAAUCAGAGUCUAAGGGAGCGUCCCCGUCGACUAUCGACUUCAGCGAAGAAAUAAAUCCGGAACUCAUCGAGGCCCGGCCGCUCCGCUCGAGAGACAACCCCAAGGCUAGACCGGGUCGAGUUCGCUCGUUGUCCAAUGUGAACGAGCCGGAUCAAUCUAAUCCGAAGAGGAGUCGGCUGAUUGAAAAGUCCUCGAGUAUCAGCACCCUAGCGAGCCGCCGGCGCCGUAGCAGCGAGGAUCAUCGAGUCAAAGGCAAUCAAGGCGAAGACUCGUCGAUGCUCGACCACAGUGUGGCGAGUUCAGACAGCUCGUUAGGCGUCACGCGACUGGCGAAAGCCCGGGUCAUGUUCACCGGUAUCGAGAAUCCUCCCCGCGACGGGGUGCUCAAACUCGGUCUGAAGCUCACUGAUAUGAUAUCACAGUGUAAUGUCGUUGUCGCGGCAAAAUUCACAAGGACGGUAAAAAUGAUGUACGCAAUCGCGAAAGGGAUUCCCGUAUUGAGCUCUAAUUGGGUCACCGAAUCACUGGAAGCGAAUAAAGUUCUCGAUAUCGAUAAUUUCAUGCUGCGCGAUGAGGCUGCGGAAGAGAAGUACGGCUUCAGCCUCGAGAAUACGCUGCGUAUGGCGAGCGAAAAGAAAUUCUUCAAAGGCUGGAGCUUCUACGUCACGAAGUCGUGUUCUCCGAGCGCAGAACAGCUCGGAGAGAUCCUGAGCGGUUGCAAAGCGAAGAUUAUCACAAGAGUUCCCACGAAGUUCACGGAGAACACAGUCGUGGUGACCUGUGCGGCAGAUCGCAAACUCUUGCCCAAGAAGCCACCGGUUCCUGCAGUCUCAGUCGAGUUUGUUUUUCACGGUAUCCUCCAGCACCAGCUGGAUUUCAAGACCUAUGAAGUGAUUUAG